UGGCAUCUGAAUCUCCCCUUCGCUUUCACUUAGAGACCCGCUCAGGAAAAGCGAAGCAAGGCAGCGGUUGCCCAAUGCGCCCUCGGCGGCCGCGGGGCCGGGAGGGAACGCCGCCCCGUGCGGGGAGAGGCCGGAGCUGCGCGGGGCUGCGGGAGGUGGCCGUGCCUGGUCGCAGCGGGUGCCUCGUCCGAGGGUGUGUGAUCCCCUGCAGCGGCGUGCGACACAGACCCCACGUCGUUAGCGCAGUUUGGUUUUUUUGUUAGCUUUUUUAAAAUUUUCUUUCCCGGCGGGUUCGAUCGGCAUGUAGGGUACAGACAGAGGGCUCUGGCUUUUCUCUGAACAGAAAUCGAGCGAGAGCCACAAUUCUCAUUCCCCUCGCUCUCUGUGACACGGGGCAGCUGUAGCCCUUUCCGAGCACUUUCUGAGCUCCCGGUUUCCACGCGGCCCCGCGAAUGCUUCGUGCUGGGGCUCGAGGGCGGCGCGACCUACGGGACCCCGAGCUGCGGGGCGGGGUGCGGCAUCAGCUCGGCUCGGACUGCCUUUAGGGUACCUAUGGUUUCGGCUUCAGUAGUGGGCGCUACAGGAAAUACGUUUUCUUGUAGGGCCCGGCUGUGGGCAACGCAGGCUGAAGCCCUUUUCGUUAGGGCAAGGAGUGGACCCCCGGGCACAGCGCGGAGGGGCUAUUAAACUGGGUUCCCCCACCCCGAGUGCGGCUCAGCGCCCCGCUCCCUCCUGAGCUCCGCGCCCGGGGGGCCCCGACAGCCGCUCGGGGCGCGCAGGCCGCGGGGGCAGAGAGUGAAAAACACGAGCGCAACGCGCAGGCGAAAGAAACAUGGCGCUGGGAAGCAGUAUGUGCAAAAUCCGCAAGGAAUUGCAGUAAAUUCCUUUUUGUUUGAAGAAAAUUUACAACUUGGUAAUAGACCUUUUUAUGACCUAUUUGGGCUCGUCAUUGGCUGCGGCUGGUCAUGUGCAGGCAGCGAGCGCUUUCAUGGCCUUUUCCUGAUUUCCCUGGCGAAUUUCCCCCUGCAUUCUGCCUUCAGAGAGUCUCAGCCCCUCUUUUCCUAACCUUUGUCUGGCUGAGGUGUAUGGCAGCCGCCGCGAUGUUGGCGCAGCGCUCCCCGAACCCCGCCGCUCCCCGGCCCCGCGACGCCUCUCCUCCAGCGGCGCUGCGCGGAGCCACCCGCCUCUGCCCCCCGGAUUGCUACGCGGGCGCAAAAUGGAUUACAGCGAUCGUCCCCGGCUCUUCGGCAUGCGGGCUCUGCCGCCCACCGGUCCGCUCCCAAGGAUUAUCCAAAGGAACCUGAAGAUCCUACACACACAGUUAAAGUCAAAAUUCAAGAAAAAACAAAAGUGUGGUGAGUUCUCUAAAUUUCCUUUUCCAUCGGUCUCCCACUCCCCCACCGCGGCAGCCCCUCGGUAGGAGCGGGGCUGCGGGGAACGGGCGGCCCGUGCCGCAGCUGCCGCUCUGCAGACCAACGCCAUGGCAGCGUUGGGCAGGCCCCACCGCAAGCAGCGGGCUGGGAGGGCGAGCCGAGCCCGGCCAAAGAAGCGGGGGGCUCCCGCUCUCGGAGGCCACAGCGCAGCGCCCUGCCCGCAGUCCCAGCAGCAGGUGCCCCGGCCCCGCUCAGCACGGCCCCGGCUCUAUCCGGACAGCCCCACGCUGGCCGGGGAGCUCCGGCCCCGCACCUCGUCCCGUCCCGUCCCGUCCUGUCCUGUCCUGUCCGUCCCGCAGCCACCCCCGGGGCCGCCCGGCUCCUGCCCGCGGGCCGGGCCGCUGCCGGCUCAGGCGCGUCCCUUAUAUACGGGGCUUCCUCCGGGCCGGCGGCCGGGAAAUGUGCCGAGUGGGGAAUUCUUUUGCCGGGCUCCCUCCUACGCGCAGGCUGCUUUGCACUUCUGAAAGUGUUGGGGCUUGGGAAGUGUUUUCCUUUUCAUUCCUGGCCGGAGCGUUUACUGCCACAGCACUCGCGGUCAUAAAUUUUGCUACAAACCACAAUGACAGGUGCAUUGAUAUGCACCCUGAGAGCUCCGGCUGCUUUAAUAACCGCUCCGCUGGCCGCUCUCACCGCCUUUUAUUUAUUCCGUAUCAUAUGAGAUAUUGAUCGUAAGCGGAAUUAAGUGCAGGGGAAGUUUUAGUAGAGAACUGCUUAAUAUGGGAGCGCCGGCACCACGGCUCCGGCCGCGCACACGCGUGGGGUGGGCGCGCGUCCUUUCGCGGGGCUCCGCGGGCGCGCAGCGGGGGUCCGGCAGCCCCGAAGACGCUGGAACAGGCGCUGGGACAAAGAGCCCCAUUAUGGUGCGCGGCGUCCGGCGGUUGGGCUGAGGUUAACCUCUGUGGGGAGGAGGAAGGGAGAUGUGAGGCACAGCCGUGGAUACUCCGCGGCUCCCCACCCUCCGAGCCCACCUCCCACGGCUCGGCCUCGCCAUUUGGAUGUCACUUUUUUUCCUGGAGGCUGUUUCUGGCCGAACCAAGUGUCGGGCCCUCGCUUUGGUGUUGGCUACAAAAACAUCACCCUGGGCUCUGCACUCGUGGAAAAUCAAAACCUGGAAGGUCUCCCUCUUCCUCCUUCUCUCCCUCUCUCUCUUUUUAAGAUCUAAAGAUGAGCCACCGAACAGUUGAGCAUUGUCCAUGUGAUUUAUGGCCCACAGCCUCCUUUGUAGGUUCAAGCAGAGUUCACAAGCAGUUGGUAUUUCAGAAAAGAAAUAAGGCUUUUAACAGCUUAACAGCAAUAUUCUUUCUUAAGAUUCUGCCUAUCCUUUUGGGAGCUCUAUUUUCCGAGGCACAUAAAAGCAUACACUUCAGGCAGCGCUGCGCUACUGGGAGUCCUCAGUCCUCAGCUCCCGAAAAUGCAGACGCUGGAAGGGAGAAACAGGCGACGGAAUUAUUUUGCACAAAAAUACUUCCAAGACGCGUCAAGAUCAUCACGGUUUAUUAGAAGUCAUCUGAAUCACCACCCCUCGUUUCCUUAGGCAUCCUUUCACCAACAUUUUCCAGGAGAAGAAAACGGGCUCUUUCCCCAUCCCUUCCGGCCCCCCGACAAUCCCAGGCUUUGUUCGGGAAGAACGGGGCGGCGGCGGGCCCAGCUGUCCCAGCGGCUGCGGUCUCCCCGUACGGCCGUGGCUCGCGGGGAAUUUUAGGAAAUACAUCGGCGUUACCAAUUGCUGCGGGGGAAAGAGCGGUACUGUUGCGGUGGUGUAUAAGUAUGGGUAGGAGAAAUGAUAAUUAUCAGACACUGCACUAAUUGUUCCAGCCAUUUUUCUCUGGCACGUUAAUAGGCUCAAACCCUGUAGAAAUACAACAAACUCCUAAGAUACACGGAGUUAUGGACUUAUACAGUCAGCCGAAGUAGGUGUUAAUCCUUAAAAUCACUGAAAAUGUCAGAGAAGAACCCAACCCAACGAGAAAAAUACAGCGAAAAAUUAAGAACGGGGAAUUCUGCCAUAACAAAACUGCGGGCGAGUUUCUGUCUUGCAGUAAGAGAGCAGAAGUCCCGCGUUGCAGCCAGGGGAAAGGCAUCAUCCUGCCCCAAAUGCCACAACAGCCCGAGCCGGGGGGGUUCGCUCCGUCCAUUUUCAGCCUGAACAGCCCGAUCGGGGGGCGGGGGGCGGGGAGCGGAGCGGGGCGAGUUCGCAGGCUGCUAAAAGAGGUCCCCAACGUCUAUAGUGAAAACCAUCCCCUAAAAAUAAUCCUCAGCGUCUCAGGUUCUUUCUGCUGAGGACGAAUGAAAGGCACGAGAAACGUCGGGUGAAGGAUUUUAAUUCAUCACGGAAUUAAAAUAGGGGAGCUGACCUGCGACAUCCUUUAUGGUGCAAAGUGAAGUUAGUGAAUGGCGUCGGUUAUCCUUUAACUCCGGAGGAAUCCGGGGAAGAAGGAGGCCGGGUGUACAAAGGGGACGGGGUUUGUCUGCCUUCGCCCGGCUGCAGCGCGGCUCCAUCCAUCAUGUCAGCCCCGCGCGGCCGUGCGCACGCGUGGCGCCAGGCGGCCGUGGGGUUCCUGCCGGUGCGGGCCCGGGGGUCUCUGGGGACAGCACCCACCCGCGGCCGGUCCCCGAGCGUGGUCUGUCCCCAGAGGUUUCGAGAAAGCGGCAUCUAAACCCCAUCAUGCGUGCCUGCUCCUCCCCAGCGCCAUCGUUCUCGGGUGGCUCCUUCCCUGCUGUCCCUUUCUCCUUCCCUGCUGUCCCCUGUUCCUUCCCUGAUGCUCCCUACUCCAUCCCCAGUGCCCCUUCUCUCUCUCCCGGUGUCCCUCACCGCCCCUCGCUGCCCCGCACUGAAGCUGUCUCUUGUGUCCCCGCUGUCCCCCUCCCCAGGUGGCUCCCGCGGCGGCGAGUGGCCCGGGCCGACGACGUGAGGCGCGGGGCGGCGGUCAAUGAUCUUUGAGCAGGGGCCGCGGGCCUUGGCGAUCGCAGACACCAAGAUGCAGAAAACCGCCUACUACGACAACGCGGGGCUCUUCGGGGGCUACACGUACAGCAAAGCCGACGCCUACCCCUACGGCGCGGCCCAGCAGCCCUACGGUGCGGCCGGCCUGGACGGCGAGUACCCCGGCUCCGCCUGCUCCGUGCAAGGCUCCGCGCCCGGCCGCGGCCCGGCUCCCAAGGGCCCCGAGUUGGGCGGCAGCUGCAUGCGGACGGCCGGGGGCGGCCCCGGGGGCAGCCAGCCCCCCGGCAUCGGCGAGCAGCAGCCCCCGGCGCUGCCGCCGUCCUCCCCGCCCAACCCCUCCAGCGCGCCCCCCCCGAAAAAAGCCAAGGGGGGGCCCAACGCCUCGGGCUCGGCCUCCGCCACCCUCAGCAAGCAGAUAUUCCCCUGGAUGAAGGAGUCCCGGCAGAACUCCAAGCAGAAAAGCACCUGCCCCCCCUCAGGAGAGAGCUGCGAGGACAAGAGCCCCCCCGGGCCGGCCUCCAAGCGGGUGCGCACCGCCUACACCAGCGCGCAGCUGGUGGAGCUGGAGAAGGAGUUCCACUUCAACCGCUACCUGUGCCGGCCGCGCCGCGUGGAGAUGGCCAAUCUGCUGAACCUGACCGAGCGGCAGAUCAAGAUCUGGUUCCAGAACCGCCGCAUGAAGUACAAAAAGGACCAGAAAGCCAAAGGCAUCAUGCACUCCCCCGCGGGCCAGUCCCCGGAGCGCAGCCCCCCGCUGAGCGGCGCGGCCCACGCCGGCUACUCGGGGCAGCUGCCCGCCGUCGGCGGCCUGGGCUACGACGCGCCGUCGCCCACGCCGUUCGCCAAGGCGCAGCAGAGCAUGUACGGGCUGGCCGCCUACACGGCGCCGCUGGGCGGCUGCCUGCCGCAGCAGAAGCGCUACGCGGGCGCGGAGUACGAGCCGCACCCCCUGCAGAGCGGCGGCGGCUUCGGCAACCCCGGCCUGCAGGGCAGCCCCGUCUACGUCGGGGGCAACUUCGUGGACUCGAUGCCGGCCUCGGGGCCCGUCUUCAACCUGGGCCACCUGCAGCACCCCUCCUCCGCCAGCGUGGACUACAGCUGCGCCGCGCAGAUCCCCGGCGGCCACCACCACGGACCUUGCGACCCCCACCCCACCUACACGGACCUCUCUUCUCACCACGCGUCUCAGGGACGGCUGCAGGAGGCCCCCAAGCUCACGCACCUGUAGCGGCCGGGCCAGCGGCGGCGAGCGGAGCGGGCUCGCCUCUAUUACCUCACUCCUCCGACGGGACGGGGCCGACGGGGCGGGUGCGUGCCCCCCGGGGCCGCCCCUUUGCUGCUCCGAGCUGCUCGGAGCACGGCAGUGCAAUACGCCGCGACCCGGGGACUGGUAGCUGGUAGCGGCGUGCCCGAGGUAAGUCGUAGAGAUCACGUAGAGGUAGCAGCGCGUCGCGCUGAGGUGUGUUAGAGCAGCUGUGAGCGCCCAGCUUAUUUCCGAGAAGUUAAUUUAUGAAUUCCUCUGUAACGUAAGGAUCGCAUCGGACUAAACGAUACCUAUUUAUUACUUGAGAGCGAGACAUUUUUGUAUCACUGAUUAUUUAUCCUCGUCUUAAUGUAUUUAUGUGGCUAUUGGUAGAGUUUCUUCGCCGACACUCGGGAGCCCGACGCAGGGCCGCCCCGCCCGUCAGCACACCCGGCCUGAGCCGUUGGGAGCGUAGUGGUGAGCAGUCGUAACCGUGGCUGGUGUUCGUAGUUUGUGUAAGGAUUAAUUAAGACAGCGAGUCGUAAGUCAUUAAUAGGGUGAAACAAACCGCGGCGUCACGCAAGGAGCCGUUACACUUCACGAAGAAAGAAGAAAAGGGAAUUAUUUCUCGGGUAUUUAUUUCGCCGGGCCGGCCCCGCGGUGGGUGCAGAGCCGGCCCUGCCCGCGGAGCCUCUCGCCUAUUUAUUGACCGGGUACUAGCGCACACGUUCUUUCGGUGGGCUAUUUACUUUUUCUAUUUUUUUUUUUUAAUUGCAUUCUGGCUAUCUGAAAUAGGAAAGAAAUUAGAAGCUUAGCGGAAAAAAAAAAAGAAAAAAAUAAAAAGAAAAAACCACACUCUCUGAUAGCGCUAAUUUCAUUAGGGUCUCCAUAGCAAUCCGUGCAGCAGCUGCCGCCUCCUUUGUUAUUUAUACUGUUGUCUUUAUACUAACCAUAAAUCAAUUUUGUAGACAUCUUUGGAAGCCCGAGCUUUUCCUCUUGUUUUUAUCAUUAAAAAAAAAAAAAAAAUUGAAAGAAAA